AUGGAGAGUCGAACCACGUACCUCGGACCUCUGACCUCUGACCUCUACCUGGGAGUACGUGACCGGCGCUCUAACCGACUGAGCUAUCGCGGCCCUCUUUAUGCUCAUCCAGAUGGACCACCUAAGGGACCACCUAAAGGACCACCUGAGGGACCACCUAAGGGACCACCUGAGGGACCACCUAAGGGACCACCUGAGGGACCACCUAAGGGACCACCUGAGGGACCACCUAAGGGACCACCUAAGGGACCACCUAAGGGACCACCUGAGGGACCACCUGAGGGACCACCUAAGGGACCACCUAAGGGACAACCUGAGGGACCACCUGAGGGACCACCUGAGGGACCACCUAAAGGACCACCUAAGGGACCACCUGAGGGACCACCUAAGGGACCACCUAAGGGACCACCUAAGGGACCACCUGAGGGACCACCUGAGAGACCACCUGAGGGACCACCUGAGGGACCACCUGAGGGACCACCUAAAGGACCACCUAAGGGACCACCUGAGGGACCACCUGCGGACCACCUGCGGACCACCUGCGAAACCACUGUCUCGUCGUGCAUUUUCCCAUUUUCCUUAUUGUUCUUUUCGAAUGACAUAGACACUGAGUAUCAUAUCUUAUUAUUGUAG